AUGGCUGCUUUCCCUACCCUCGUCUUCGGUGGAGCCACCAUCACGGCCGAAGAUGGAAGUUUUUCAAACGCCGAAGAGGUUUCGACUCUGCUUGAGACCCUUAAAGCUGAAGGAAUUAUACAGCUUGACACUGCGCAGUCCUAUGGUGGUGGUACCAGUGAACAACUCAUUGGCCAGGGCAUGGCCAAGGGAUUGUCAGACUUCCUUGUUGAUACCAAGCAUGUCGGAGGAUGGGCUCCAGGAAGCUCAUCUCGAAAGGAGAUUUUUGAUCGAGCAACUGCCAGCCUAGAAAGACUAAGAGUUGAGAAAGUGAACAACUUCUAUAUUCAUGCCCCUGAUCACAAGGUGCCCCUUGAGGAAACUCUUGCUGGGAUCAACGAUCUCUACGAAGCAGGAAAAUUCAACAACUUUGGACUAUCUAACUUCAACGCCGAGGAGAUCAAAGACGUUGUGCGCGUUGCGAAGGAGAAUAAUUAUGUUCUUCCUACAGUCUACCAAGGAAACUACAGCGCCGUUGCUCGCCAGCUGGAUAGUGAUAUCCUGCCCACUUUGCGCGAGAAUGGAAUUGCAUUCUAUGCCUACAGUCCUAUUGCUGGCGGAUUCCUCACCAAGACGACCGCCCAGUUGACUUCCGCCUCUGGUACUAAGGGAGAGGGCCGUUGGGACCCCAAGUCAGCGAUGGGAUCAUUCUAUCACGCUCUAUACGGAAAACCUACUUUCUUUGAAGCAUUGGACAAGUGGAAUGCCAUUUCUGAGGCGGCCGGGAUCCCCAAGGCUGCGCUUGCAUAUCGCUGGGUUGCGUUCCAUUCGGCUCUUGAUGCACGACUUGGGGAUGCUCUUGUCAUUGGAGCUAGUAGUUUGAACCAGGUGAAACAGACAGCUGCCGCGCUUAAAGCUGGACCUCUGCCUGAUGAGGUGGCUGCGCAGAUCUCAGGCCUGUGGGAGAUUGUGAAGAACGAUGCGGUUGCUAACAACUUUGAUGUCAUGAGAUCAACCUAG